AUGAAUAUAAUCUUUUUAUCAGGCAUGAUAUUUGGUAACCUCAAUCGUGUGAGAAAGGUUAAGCUUGAAGUUAGUUGGUGUGCCCAAAACCCUUGUUGAUUGACAUACAGUGCGUUUCUUAAUUUAUUAUAGUAUUAGUUAGAUUGCUAAAUAUUCAAGAAGAUGGGGUUAUGUAAGAUGUGCUGCCUGGUUAUGACACUCAUCAUCUCUGUCUGGGGUGCAGUGAUGCUCGCUGUAUUCGGUUUCUUUUUCAAGUUCAGAGCCGUUAUCUUACUGAAUAGCCUCGGAGAACUUUCGGAAUCGACUCAACCUGAAGAGUUCUUGAAGGAGAUUUACAAUUACGCUGACACGAUUAGUUUAAACUGUUACAUAUCUGCGGCGUUGUACGCUAUCAUGGCCUUCGCUAUAAUGUUGUAUUUUUUCAAGUUAACGUCUCCUGCAGAAACUUGAGGGAGACGUAAGAAAGGACGAUUUUUAAACAAUAAACAUUAUUCUGAACAUCGUUUCAAUACAUUCUAUUGUAUAUUUGUGUGAAUAACCC